AUGUGGUGGCAGCCGCGGUACGUUCCGUUCCGCCUGGACAUGCUCUGUGAGGCCGGCUUCAUCCCCGCGGGCCUCUUUACCAUCACCCGUUGGUACAAGCGCGACGAGACGUCCAAGCGCUUCUUCUUUUACUACUUUAUCGGCAACAUGACUGCCGCCUCAUUCUCCAGUCUCGUCGCGUACGGAAUGUGA